UGAGUUUUUGACGUUUCCAUGCAGGAUAUCUUCAUACAAUUUCAGCAAAAAGGUCACUGAGAGCAGGAAAACCUGGGCUGUAGGGAGCAGAGGACAGUCUGUGGCUGAACCAUCCAUGAAAGAGUUAGUGUCUUUCCAGGGAAUAAAUCCAGCCCACUCCAGCCCUGCAUCCUCCUCCUCCUCGUUCUCCUCCUCCUCCUCCAGUGAAGGCUGUACAGCUGGCAAUUUACAGACAAAAUAACACUGAAAGGAGUAAUUUGCUGCUGUGUGGACGGCUGCACCGCAAAUUGGACCUGUGUUUGAUUGAGGGGAUGAAGUAGCAGGGGUGCAGAAGGACAUUUAUUCACCUUUUGUCUUUGUGGGCUCAGUUUCUAAACAUCUGGACCCCAGUUUGAGACUCAGCCUCUCCAGCUCCCUCUCCACUGGAACCGUUAUAACCUCCUCACACUGGCACUGUAAGCUGACGUAAUGGAGAAGACAAGGCGUGGGCAUCGGUUAGCGUUCAGCCUCCUUUUUGGGUUGUGGUUACCUUGCUGUUUAACUCAGACCACGCCAUCAAACGCAGCCGCGACGACACCGACGCCUGCUCCGUCCCCUCAGGCGCAGACUCAGGAGCGACUGAAGGUCAGACUGGCCGGAUACCCCCGCAAACACAACGAGGGUCGGAUAGAGCUUUUCUACAAGGGAGAGUGGGGAACCAUCUGUGACGACGACUUCUCCAUAUUUAACGCCAACGUGCUCUGCCGCCAGCUGGGCUUUGUGACGGCCACAGGAUGGACGCACAGCGCCAAAUAUGGCAAGGGCCAAGGCAAAAUCUGGCUGGACAAUGUCCAGUGUGGCGGAGGUGAGAAGAGCAUCGACGCGUGCAAGUCUCGCGGCUGGGGCAACAGCGACUGCACUCACGACGAAGACGCCGGAGUCGUGUGCAAAGACGAGAGGAUUCCCGGCUUUUUGGACUCCAACGUUAUCGACGCCCAAAUGGUGGAGAACCGAGUGGAGGAGGUGCGACUCCGGGCUGUGGUCGGUGGAGCCAAAAAGAAGCUGCCCGUCACAGAGGGAGUGCUGGAGGUGAAGUACAAGGACGGCUGGGCCCAGAUCUGUGACCUGGGAUGGACGCCCAAAAACAACCGCGUGGUCUGUGGCAUGCUGGGAUUCCCUAAUGAGAGGAAGGUCAACAAGAACUUCUACAAACAUCUGAAAAAGCGUGCAGCUGAGAAGGUCUCCAGGCCAAAGGUUAAUGUUUCAGCCGGUAGAAGGCAGACACCCAAAGCUAAAGCUAACCCUAAGUCUAAACAGAGCAGCCCUGGCAAAAGGUUAUAUUUGGAGCGUCAGAAGAGCCACUUCCGCAUCCACUCUGUGGCGUGUACGGGCACAGAGGUGCACCUGGCCGCCUGCCCACUGGAGUUUUACAAGCCAAACGCCACAUCGCUGUGUGAGGGUGGCCAGGCAGCGGUCGUCAGCUGCAUGCCAGGACCGCUCUUCAUGCAAAACACUGGCUUGAAGAAGAAAAUCAAAAUAUCGACCAACGUGAGGCUGAAGGGCGGUGCCAAGGUGGGCGAAGGUCGUGUGGAGGUGUUGAAGGACAACGAGUGGGGAUCAGUGUGUGAUGAUCGCUGGAACCUGCAGUCCGCCAGCGUCGUCUGCAGGGAACUCGGCUUCGGCAGCGCCAAGGAGGCUCUCACUGGAUCUCGCAUGGGACAAGGAAUGGGUCCGAUCUACAUGAACGAGGUGAAGUGCAUCGGUCAGGAGAAGUCCAUCUGGAACUGCCCCUUCAAAAACAUCACGUCCGAGGGCUGUAUACACACGGAGGACGCCGCCGUGCGAUGCAACAUACCCUACAUGGGCCUGGAGAACUCGAUCCGACUCACAGGUGGACGGACCCGUUAUGAGGGACGCGUGGAGGUCCUGGGUUUGGACUCUAACGGGACAAAGAGCUGGGGUCUGAUCUGCGGGGAGAGCUGGAGCAUGAAGGAGGCUAUGGUGGCCUGCAGGCAACUGGGCCUAGGCUACGCUAACCAGGCCCUGCAAGAAACGUGGUACUGGGACAGCAGCAACGUGACGGAGAUGGUGAUGAGCGGCCUCAAGUGCACGGGGACAGAAAUGGCUCUGAGUCAGUGUCAGCAUCACAAAACUGUCAGCUGCCAGAAAGCUGCAGCAAAGUUUUCAGCGGGAGUCAUCUGCUCUGAGACCGCCUCUGACCUGGUCCUGAACGCCUCUCUGGUCGAGCAGACUGUUUACAUCGAGGACCGCCCUCUGCACAUGCUCUACUGCGCCGCCGAGGAGGACUGCCUGUCAACGUCUGCCGCCAAGGCCAACUGGCCGUACGGACACCGGCGCCUGCUCCGGUUCUCCUCCCAGAUCCACAACAUCGGCCGCGCUGACUUCAAACCAAAGGCUGGGCGGCACUCGUGGAUCUGGCACGCCUGCCACGCCCACUACCACAGCAUGAACAUUUUCACCCACUAUGAUCUGCUGAACUCCAACGGUACCAAAGUGGCCGAGGGACACAAGGCCAGUUUCUGUCUGGAGGACACAGACUGUCACGAGGGUAUUUCAAAGAGGUACGCGUGCGCCAACUUUGGCGACCAGGGCAUCACCGUGGGCUGCUGGGAUUUGUACCGACACGACAUCGACUGCCAGUGGAUCGACAUCACGGACGUCAAACCUGGAAACUACAUGUUGCAGGUCGUGAUUAAUCCCAAUCAGGAAGUGGCCGAGAGCGACUUCACCAACAACGCCAUGAAGUGCAACUGCAAAUACGACGGCCAUCGCAUUUGGCUCCAUAACUGCCACGUUGGUGAUGCGUUGAGCGAGGAGGCAGAGAGGAGGUUUGAUAAAUAUCCUGGACAGCUCAAUAACCAGAUUUCUUAAUGUAUAUACUUUAUAUAUACAGUAUAUACUGUAUAUAUAUACACGUAUAACCACAAUAUGAGGAAAAAAUGGGGUGACAAGCUCCAAAAAAGUAGUCUUUAUAGGAACCAAAAUGGAAGAAAAGCCAACAGGAUUUUCCUCUGGUGAAUGUGUUUUUUUUACGUCUCACUUUUUUUAUACUUGAAUAUUCAAGUGCUAAGGUCAGUUGUACAGUCUGUGUGCGACACAUGCACAUUUCAGUGAUAAAUGAGGCUUUUAUUUUUUAAUAUUUUUCUGUUUUUCGUUAUAACCAAAACUCAUAGUGCGUUUAAAAAGCUGAGGACAUGGUGAACAGGAACAGAUGCGGCUCUGUGGAAGUUUUACAUCACCCAGUGGUUUGCAUUUAAGGCUAAAUGUCUGUGAAAGCGUCUGAAUCUCGUCUCCACGGCAACAAUAUUUUAUGAAUGUAUUUAUUAUUGGUAUCAAGGUGCUCGAAAAAGAAAACUCCUUCGUUUUAGAGUCACGCGUAGUUGUAGCGUCUGCGUAUUUUAAUAAAGCCUAGAUGUUGAAAGAAUAUUUGUCUGCUGAUGUAAUCACAACUUGCUGCACCAAAUAAAAAGGAGAGGAACAAUAAA